UCCAGGUUGGACUCCGGCAGGCAGGCAGCCGUUGGUCCCUCCUGGCUCCUCCCAUGACCCAUGUUGUUUCCACAGGGCCGCACCUUCCUAUUUCUCCCCGGCCGCAGCCCGCCCGCCACAGUUGAGCGCCGGUUUGCCUGAAGUUAAUUUCCAGAAGCAGCAGUCCCCAGAGCUGGCCAGGGGAUGAACCGCGAGGGGGCGCCCGGGAAGAGUCCGGAGGAGAUGUACAUUCAGCAGAAGGUCCGCGUGCUGCUCAUGCUGAGGAAGAUGGGCUCAAACCUAACGGCCAGCGAGGAGGAGUUCCUGCGCACCUACGCGGGGGUGGUCAACAGCCAGCUGAGCCAGCUGCCGCAGCACUCCAUCGACCAGGAGGACGUGGUGAUGGCGUUUUCCAGGUCGGAGACAGAGGACCGGAGGCAGUAGCUACGAAGCCCAGGGAACAUCCUGAAAGCUGGCACCGGCCAAGAGAUCUGUGUGGACCUCGUCUGGCUGAGUGGCAGCGGUCACCUUCCCCAUUUCCCCUCUUCACCCCACCCACCCACCCCACCCCACGGCCACUCAGCAGGCCUGGCAUCGAGGAAAACACCGGUUGUGCAGUUGUGAUUGGCUUCAAGGGACGGACUCAUGAUUGGCUUCAGGAAGAAACCUUUUUAUUUUUAAAUCUUGACCAACGGAAACCUUUUAUUUUUAUUUCUGACUCUUAUUUUUUAAAUUUGCGCCUCGGGUACAUGGCUUCCCAGGAAGCUCUCCGAGCUCUGGUGCUUUCUUUAUUUAGGUCACUUUUUAGGAACGUGAAGAGGUCUGAUUGGCUGCUCAGACUCGAAAAGGAUGUUGAUUGGCUGGCUAACGGGAAACGAUUUUUUUCUUGAAUGGCUGCAGGUGUUCUGCUGAUAGCAACAGCUUCUCUCUUGAAUGCUGAAUACAGGGUUUGGGACAUUGGUUGUUAUAUUUGACUUGAAAAAAAAAGAAAGAAACCAAGUGCGCUUUGCAAUAUUUAUUACACAGCUGGCUGCUUUCACGUG